AUGGCGGACGCAGUCAAAGAUAUUCUCAAUCAGGCGGCGGAGGGGGUGAAGAAUCUCGCAGUUUCCGCCGAACAAAAGGCUCCCAAGCCUAAGAAAGAGAAGAAGCCAAAGGGAGAAAGCGGGGACGGCCGCCCGUUGAUGCUCGAGCCAGCACCAGCAUAUAUCGACCACCGAAUUCAGAUCUUCGAUAAGUUGAAGGCCAAAUACGACGAGGAGAUCGCACAAAAGCCGCGCGAGGACAUAAGCAUCACACUUGAGGAUGGAAAGAUAAUCCAAGGCAAGUCUUGGGAGACCAGUCCAGCCGAAAUUGCGCGCAACAUCAGCAAGAGCUUGUUUGAGCGAACUGUUGUCGCCCGUCUCGACAAGGGCACGCCUGAGGAGACACUCUGGGAUCUUGAGAGACCCCUUGAGAAGAGCUGCAAGCUUGAGCUCCUGCCGUUCGACCACCCAGAGGGAAAGAAAGUCUUCUGGCACUCCAGUGCGCAUAUCUUAGGAGAGGCCUCAGAACGGAGAUAUGGCUGUGACCUGUGCAUCGGCCCUCCUAUCGAGGAUGGCUUCUACUACGAGAUGGCCCUUCCCGACGGUGCUGCUGUAGAGCAGUCGGAUCACAAGCCUCUUGAGACGAUUGUCAACAGCAUUGUUAAGGAGAAGCAGGUUUUCCAAAGGCUUACGCUGUCCAAACAUGAUCUGUUAGAGAUGUUCAAGUCAAACAAAUACAAGCAACACAUCAUCAAGGACAAGAUCCCUGACGGCACCUUCACCACCGUAUAUCGAAAUGGACCUCUCAUCGACUUAUGCCGUGGACCACACGUACCUCACACCGGAAGGAUAAAGCAGUUUAAAAUCAUGAAGAACUCGGCUUCUUACUUCCUCGGUGACGCUGCCAAUGACAGCCUGCAACGCAUCUAUGGUGUUUCAUUCCCCGAUAAAGAUGCUAUGCAGGCACAUCUCAAGUUCCUAGAAGAGGCUGCGAAGCGUGAUCACCGGAAGAUUGGAAAAGAUCAGGAGCUGUUUUUCUUUCACGAGUUUAGUCCUGGCUCUUGUUUCUUCCUCCCACAUGGCCAGAUUAUAUACAACACGUUACAAGCAUUCCUUCGCGAAGAGUACUGGAAUCGCGGCUAUCAAGAGGUUGGAUCGCCAAACAUGUAUAACUCUGCGCUUUGGAAGAUCUCCGGUCAUUGGCAGCAUUACGCUGAUGAUAUGUUUACAUUCGAUGUCGAGAAAGAGAAGUGGGCGUUGAAGCCUAUGAAUUGCCCUGGUCACUGUCUUAUUUUCAAGCAUCGCGAAAGAAGUUACCGCGAGCUGCCCAUUCGCAUGGCUGACUUUGGUAUCUUGCACCGAAAUGAAGCUAGUGGUGCUCUUACGGGUCUCACACGAGUGCGUCGGUUCCAACAAGACGACACCCACGUUUUCUGCACACAAGACCAGAUCAAUGAGGAGAUUCUGGCUCUCUUCGAUUUCCUCAAGGCGGUCUAUGGCAAGUUCGGUUUCACUUUCAAGCUGAAGCUGAGUACACGUCCGGAAGGUUUCCUUGGCGAUAUCGACACAUGGAACCAGGCGGAGGCGAAGUUGACUCAAGCACUUGACGAGUUCACUGCUGGAGGUGGUGGAGCAUGGGAGCUGAAUCCCGGCGAUGGCGCCUUCUAUGGACCAAAGAUUGACAUCACAAUCUCCGACGCAUUGAAGCGAGAGUUUCAGUGUGCCACUAUCCAACUCGACUUCCAGCUACCAAAUCAGUUUGAGCUCGAGUACAUGACUUCAGAAGGUGCUGCUACCAAGCCUAAAGAGGAGAAGGUCAAGGCGGAACAGCAAAAGGUUGAAAAGAAGGCCGAGCAGCCAAAGGAGAAAGAUCACAUCGACCAGAAGAAGGACAAUUUGGGAGGCCAGGUCGCCAUUCCAAAGGAAAUCCGACCACCGCAGCCAGGUUAUGCACGUCCAGUCAUGAUUCAUCGUGCUAUUUACGGGUCGUUUGAGCGGUUCAUUGCCAUUCUCACAGAGCACUUUGCUGGCCGCUGGCCAUUCUGGCUCUCUCCUCGCCAAGUCAUGGUCAUUCCUGUCAUGCCUUCGGCCAACGACUACGUCAAGGAGGUCCAAGCCGAGCUUCGCAAGCACCACCUCCAUGCUGACAUUGACAUUAGCGGAAAUACUAUGCAAAAGAAGAUCCGCACAGCGCAACUGUCACUGUACAACUUCAUCAUGGUUGUGGGUGCGGAAGAGCAAAAGGCAAGAGCCGUCAACUGGAGGAACCGGGAUGAUCAGGAGACACAACAGCGUGGUGAGAUUGUGCCACUCGACGAGGCUGUCAAGAAGCUCGUGCAAUUGAGAGAUGAGCGCAGAAUUGAAAACAAGGUCUGA